UCGAGUCCAUUCGCAGUUAGCAGCGCCUUGUAAAAGUUUCUUCCUCACUCUCUCUCUCUCUCUCUCUCGCCGCUGUUGGCUGCAAAAAGAGAUGGUAUUAUCGAACAAGAAGCUCAAGCAAAAGCUGAGAGCCGCCGUAGCCGAAUCUCUGGCAGCUUCUGUGGGCGGAAACAACUCGUUGAAUGUGGAUUCGUCAGACCCAGAACCUAAUUCACAGAUCCAAUCCCUGAAAGGACUUUUGGGCUCUGCAACCCAGAAACCUAGAUUGUCUAAGAGAGAGAAGAGGAGGGCAGCUCAAACUCUUGCUUCCCAAAGUUCGGAGACUAGAAGUAGCAGCGGUAGGGAUGCAGGGGAAGAGAAGAAGGAAGCCGAUUCAGAGGGUGUGAUUGAAAAGAAAAGGAAGAAGAAAAGGAAGAGAGAUGCAGACGGAGUUAAAGAGACAGAGAAUGCAGUAAAUGGGUCCGCAGAGAAUGUCGCUGCGACGAAGAAGAAGAAGAAGAAGAAGAAAAAGAAAAAGAAUAAAAAGAAGAAUAAAGAUGAGGAACAGAAUAAGGGUUCUGGAGCUACAAAAGGAGGGAGUGAAGAACAAGGCGUGAAAGAGGCAAUUAAAAUCAGUGAUAGUCAAGAAAAUGGGGAUGCUGCGACAAAAGUGUAUGUUGGGGGCAUUCCAUAUUACUCAACCGAGGAUGAUAUACGUAGUUAUUUCGAAGGUUGCGGCACGAUAACUGAAGUUGAUUGUAUGCAGUUUCCUGAGACAGGAAAGUUCAGAGGAAUUGCCAUUAUCAGUUUCAAGACAGAAGCCGCUGCCAAAAGAGCAUUGGCCCUUGAUGGAGCUGACAUGGGUGGUCUGUACCUGAAAAUCCAGCCAUACAAGACAACUCGAUUAAAGAAAAUGUCUGAUUUUGCUCCUGAAAUGGUUGAGGGCUAUAAUAGGAUUUAUGUUGGGAAUUUGUCUUGGGAUAUAACUGAGGAUGAUUUGAAGAAACUUUUCUCGAGUUGCAGUAUAUCAUCUAUACGAUUUGGGAUGGACAAGGAAACAGGAGAAUUUAGAGGCUAUGCCCAUGUGGAUUUCUCAGAUAAUCUCUCAUUAACAAUGGCGCUCAAAUUGGAUCAGGAAAUAGUAUGCGGACGACCGGUGAUGAUAAGAUGUGCAGUUCCUAAUAAAAGUGCAGAAACCCAUUCAAGAUCUGCACCAACUAGUAAGAAAGCUGCGGCUGAUAGUGGAGGUGGUGGUGGUGGCGAGACGAGCACAGGCAGUGGGAAAAAGAAGAGGCGGACAUGCUAUGGAUGUGGUGUAAAAGGUCAUUUAUUUUCAGCUUGUCCUAAUAAGCAGGCUCCGAAUGCAAGCUGAUUGUGUAUGAACUGGCAAACUAUCCUUCAAGAAGUACCCCUCCUUUAACUCAUUCCCCCACCCCCUUUUUGUUUAUUUCAGAUAGCAAGUAGAUUAUUGAUUCAAGUGUUUCAGGAUGAACACCAUGAUACCUGUUCCUCAUUCUUUAUACCAGAGAGGAAAUUCACCCUGGUUGGAUGCAGAUAUCAGGAAAAAAUGGGAAAAUAUUUGUGUUUCCACUUUAUAUGAUAAGUUUGUUAUUCA